AUGUUGUUUAGGAAUCUGUUAUGUGAUUCGCGCGUCAAAUUGUUGACCAAAUCUGCAACUCCCUUAUUAUUAUGUAAGAGGAUUACUAAGAGAUCUAUAUGUCUCCAAACUUCUUCUUUGGCAUCAAGAUUGCCCAAGACUACUUUAGCCGCUCCUCUGAGCUAUUAUAACUCUCGUGCCUUCCAUAAAUCAAGCAAACGUUUGAAUGACAGCCCUGAUAUUAAAAUUGACUCCCUAAAUGAAAGAUCCAUCCAUACUUCUAAGUCAGUGGCGUGGUGGUUAAUUGGUUCUUCAGGUCUUGUCUUCGGGAUUGUUGUUCUGGGUGGUUUAACAAGAUUGACAGAAUCUGGGCUAAGUAUUACAGAAUGGAGACCUGUUGCCGGUACCUUACCCCCAUUGAACCAAAAGCAAUGGGAAGAGGAAUUCGCAAAAUAUAGAGAAUCACCAGAGUUUAAACAAUUAAACUCUCAUAUCGAUUUGGAUGAAUUUAAAUUUAUUUUCUUUAUGGAAUGGGUUCAUAGAUUAUGGGGUCGUGCCAUUGGUGUCGUGUUCAUUUUACCUGCUGUUUAUUUCGCUGCUACGAAGAAAACUUCUCGUCAUGUUAAUAAAAGAAUGUUUGGUUUGACUGCUUUAUUGGGUUUACAAGGUUUUGUUGGUUGGUGGAUGGUUUAUUCAGGUCUGGAUCAAAAACAAUUAAAUGAUAGAAAAUCGAAACCAACCGUUUCUCAAUAUAGAUUGACUACCCAUUUGGGUGCCGCAUUUUUGUUAUAUAUGGGUAUGCUAUGGACCGGGAUGGAAAUUUUAAGAGAAUGUAAAUGGGUCAAGGAUCCAGCUGAAGCUUUGAAAUUGUUUAAGAAGUUAGAUAGUCCAAAACUGGGACCUUUGAGAACAAUGUCCUUGGGUCUUCUAUUUAUCUCAUUCGUUACAGCUAUGAGUGGUGGUAUGGUUGCUGGGUUGGAUGCUGGUUGGAUAUAUAACACUUGGCCAAAGAUGGGUGAGGGUUGGUUCCCAACUGGUAGAGAACUAAUGGAUGAGAAUUUUGCUCGUAGGGAAGAUAAGAAAGAUUUGUGGUGGAGAAACUUAUUGGAAAAUCCAACAACGGUGCAGUUGGUUCAUAGAACUGCUGCAUAUACUAGUUUCCUGGCCAUCUUUGCAGCACAUAUGUAUUGUGUUAAAAGAAAAGCCCUUAUUCCAAAGAGUGCCAAUACAACCAUGCAUGCACUAAUGGGUGUUGUUACAUUCCAAGCAACUUUAGGUGUCAUUACAUUGUUAUGGUUGGUACCUAUUCCAUUAGCUUCUUUACAUCAAGCUGGUGCUUUGGCUUUGGUGACAACUUCUUUGAUCUUUGCUGUACAAUUGAGGAAACCAAGAGUCCCAAUGAAGAAUGUUAUCAAUAGCCUAUAUGCUCAAAAAUUGAAAACAGGUGGAAGUAAAAUCCUAUCUGAAACUGCAAAAUUAUCAAGUAAGUCUCUAUAA